UCUGUAUUUUGCAGAGUAGGGCGUUUCUGCUCUUUACUUGAGAACGAUGACGAACUGUUUCUGGUCUAUCAUCGUUUUCUUAGGGCUUAUACCGCUUGAACAAGGAUUCUACGUUCCUGGAGUGGCUCCAGUUGAAUUCAAAAGCGGUGAUCCUAUAGAAGUCAAAGCUAUAAAAUUGACGAGUACGAAAACAAUAGUUCCAUAUGAAUACUACUAUCUUCCAUUUUGUCGUCCCGAUGGAGAGUUGCUUUACAAAUCGGAGAAUCUUGGCGAAGUCAUGCGAGGAGAUCGUAUCGUGAAUACACCGUACCAGUUGUUCAUGAAGAAGAAUGUUGCAUGUGCUUCCGCAUGCACAACAACCGCUCCGAUGGAAAUAACUGGUGCAGCGGCUAAAAGGCUAAUGGAUCGCAUCAAAGAGGACUACCAUGCGCAUCUAUUAGUCGAUAAUUUACCUUCCGCAACCAAGUAUGAAGUGCCCAAAACUGGCGAGAUAUUUUACGAUCUUGGUUACAAGAUUGGAUGGGUUGGCGAGGAUGGGAAGGUAUUCCUGAACAAUCACUUGGACAUCGUUAUGCUCUAUCAUGAGCACUUGCCAGGACUCUACCGAGUUGUUGGCUUUGAAGUGAAGCCUCGUUCGGUCAAAACAGUCACUUUCGAUAACAACAGGGAAUGCGUCGGUGUCGACAAAGAAAUGAAUUUCUAUGAAUUGAAAGAGGAAGAUCAAAAGAUUCAUUGGACAUACAGUGUAUUCUGGGAACCUAGUGAUAUUCCUUGGGCUAGUCGAUGGGACGUUUAUCUGUCCGUGAAAGCUGUUGAUAUCCACUGGUUCAGCAUUUUGAAUUCGAUUGUAGUCGUACUAUCGUUGAGCGGUUUUCUGAGUGUAUCAAUCGUACGAACUGUGCGUCGAGAUAUCGCCCACUAUAAUAAGGAUGAAGCUGAGGAUGAUACCUUGGAAGAAACAGGCUGGAAGCUUGUUCAUGGAGAUGUUUUCCGGCCUCCUCCUCAUCAAAUGAUCCUUGUAAAUAUGGUCGGCACUGGCAUACAACUGCUUGGAAUGGUUGGAAUCAUUGUUUUCUUCGCUAUGCUGGGUAUGUUGUCCCCUGCAAGUCGUGGUUCGCUCAUGUCCGCCGCCGUAUUUCUGUUCUGCUUCAUGGGUCUGAUCAGCGGUUACCAUGCAGGACGUCUCUACAAAACCAUGAAAGGAAGGAAUCCGAUUCGAUGUGCCAUCCAGACCGGUACUCUUUUCCCUUCGCUAAUUCUUGGGAGUGGAUUCGUUCUCAAUUUCUUCUUGAUCGGCAAACAAUCGUCAGGGGCUGUUCCGUUUGGAACAAUGAUCGCCCUUCUUUUGAUGUGGUUUGGCAUUGAUUUGCCACUUGUAUUUUUGGGCUUUUACUUUGGAUACAGAAAACAGCCCUACACUCACCCAGUGCGCACCAAUCAAAUUCCACGCCAAGUACCUGACCAGCCAUGGUACCUGAGAACAGUUCCUUGUACAUUGCUUGCAGGAGUGUUGCCAUUUGGUGCCAUGUUCAUAGAAUUGUUCUUUAUCUUCUCGGCCAUAUGGGAGAAUCAGUUUUACUAUUUGUUCGGUUUCUUAUUCAUUGUUUGUUUGAUUCUUGUGAUCAGCACAGCGCAGAUCUCUAUCGUAGCCACAUAUUUCAUGCUUUGCGCCGAGAAUUAUCGCUGGUGGUGGAAGUCCUUUGUAGUAAGUGGAGGUUCUGCUGUGUAUGUGAUGGCAUAUUCAAUAUUCUAUUACAACACCAAACUGGAUAUCGAAGGAUUUGUACCCACUGUGCUAUACUUCAGUUAUUCUGCCUUAAUGGCAAUUACCUUCUGGUUCCUCACUGGUACAAUUGGAUUUUAUGCUUCAUACGCAUUCUUGCGACGCAUCUAUGCAGCUGUUAAAAUUGAUUAA